UUCAGUAUUUCUUUCUGUAGUCGAUUCUAAAGAGAAGGGGGAAAAAAUGGUGUCUGAAUCUGAAACAGCUCCUAUACACGCCCUUUUGGUCUCAUUUCCAGGCCAAGGCCACAUCAACCCUCUUCUCCGGCUCGGAAAACGCUUAGCCUCAAAAGGUUUAUUCGUCACUUUCACUACCCCUGAGAACGCCGGCAAGGACCUCCGGAACGCAAACCACAUCGUCUCCGACAAACCCAUCCCUGUCGGCGAUGGCUUCCUCCGGUUCGAGUUCUUCGAAGAUGGCUGGAAAGAAGACGACUCCAGAAGGAAAAAUCUCAGCGAGUACUUAGCUCAGCUCGAACUCGUCGGAAAACAGGUCAUAUCGCAGAUGAUUCACAAGUAUAAUGAUUCUCAUCAGCCUGUUUCUUGCGUUAUAAAUAACGCUUUUGUUCCUUGGGUCUGUGAUGUUGCUUCUGAACUUAACUUGCCUUGUGCUGUUCUUUGGGUUCAAUCUUGCGCUGUUUUCUCUGCUUACUACCAUUUCUUUCACAAACUCGUACCUUUCCCUUCAGAUUCAGAUCCUCACAUCGAUGUUCACUUGCCUUCUUUACCUGUUCUUAAACACGACGAAAUCCCCAGCUUUCUGCAUUCUCAUAGCCCCUAUCGUUUCAUUGGGGAACUCAUAUUAGAACAGAUCAAGAAGUUAACUUCGCCAUUUUGUGUUUUGAUGGACACUUUUGAGGAGUUAGAGAAAGAUUAUAUAAAGUAUAUGUCAAAGUUCUGUGUUAUAAGAUCAGUUGGUCCUCUGUUCAAGAACCCCGCGAAACCAGAAGAUUCAGGGAGAUCAGAAAGUGAUGAGAUUCGUGGGGAUUUGUGUGUGAAAGCCGAUGAUUGCAUAGAGUGGCUAAACUCGAAGCCUUCGGGGUCGGUGGUUUAUAUUUCAUUUGGAAGCGUAGUGUUUUUGCCUCAAGAACAAGUGGACGAGAUUGCUUAUGCGCUUUUGGAUUCUGCUGUCUCGUUUCUGUGGGUUCUAAAGCCGCCGCACAGGAGUCUGGGCCUUCCAUCUCAAGUUCUGCCCGGCGGGUUCCUGGAGAAAACCAUGGGAAGAGGCAAGGUGGUUCAGUGGAGCCCACAAGAGGAAGUUCUAGCUCAUCCCUCAGUUUCUUGUUUCGUGACUCACUGUGGUUGGAACUCGUCCUUGGAAACUCUCACUUGUGGGGUCCCCGUUCUAGCUUUUCCGGCGUGGGGCGAUCAAAUCACGAACGCCAAGUUCUUAGUUGAUGUGUUCGGCGUUGGAAUCAGAUUAGGAAGGGGACAAGAUCAGAACAAAGUUAUCACCAGAGAUGAAGUGACCAGGUGCUUAGAAGAUGCUACAGUGGGGCCUAAGGCUCAAGAGUUGAAGAAUAAUUCACUGCGGUGGAAGGCCGCCGCAGAGGCCGCCAUCGCCGACGGCGGCUCCUCCAUCCGGAAUCUCGAAGCUUUUGUGGAAGAUGUGAAGAGGAUGGCUUGUCGUGUCGGUGUCAGAACGAUCGAAGAUCACUCGUUAGGAACUUCCUAGUUGAUAACAACGUUGGUUGAAGGACCACAUACGGGUGAUUCAUGCAUGCCUCUUAGCUGUCUUUUUUUUUGUAUUUUUAGUAAGCAUCUCUUUACUGUUUAUUCUAGAACAUGGCGCUUCAUUUGAAUCUAUGAGAUCAAAUAAAUGAAACAAGUUAAUAGCUCCUGUUUUGUAUGGAAUAAAGCUAGCUAGUGCGAUUGGAGCGUUAAAAGACAGUUUUUGAGGGAGUUUUGUAUGGGCUUUUGUGGUGUGAA